CUCCACCCUCAUUGAAUGAAAAGACUGCAGGGAGGGUUCUUACACAGACCUGCAUUCUUCCCAAUCACUCUUGUGGCCAUUCUGCUUAAUCCUUCUUGUGAACAGACAUCUAGCCAGGUGCAGCAUUGUUCUACAGAGAAAAUGGGAGCAGAACCACCAAAUUGUUCCAUCGUUUGGUUAUUCCUUUCUUUACUACUACCUAUUGCAUCGUGUUCAGAUUUUUCUAUAUCGAUAUUUCAAGUCACAUCAAGAAGUGUCUAUGUUCAGUGGUCCAAGAUUAGUGGUGCCAUGUCUUACAAAAUCUCAGCAUCCCCAGUCAUAUUAACAGGCGAGCCUGCAUUUUCAGUGUAUGAUGCCACUACUGAAACUGGGACUAUAAAUACACUUCUCCCAAAUACCAAUUAUCUGGUUACAGUAGAAGCCAUUAAUGAAAAUGGCACCAUUCUUGCUCAGGCCCAAACAUCUCAGCUUACAGCUCCUGAGGUUCCCAGCAUUGACCAGGCUUAUUCCAAACUAAGUGACAGCAUUACUGUGGAGUGGACUGUUGUGCCUGGGGCCACAAGCUAUGAAGUGAUAGCCCAGGAUGGAGAAUCUUUUUUUCAGACGAUUGCCUUAAGUUCUCCAGGAACUGUUACUGGCUUGCAGGCUGCCACAAACUACAUAAUACGUGUACGUUCCAUAAAUUCUGCUGGCAAGAGUCAACCAUCUCUUCCCAACAUGGCAAAUACAGUACUUGGCUCUGUUUCUGCCACUGUGGAAUCUCCAACUGAUGAUUCAAUUAUUGUGAGCUGGCAGCCAGUUUCCUCUACUGUGCUAUACUCCGUAUCCCUUAUAAGAUCUGAUGGUCUGGGCAAUAGGUGGAACGAAAACACAACUAGCACAUCUAUUAACUUCACCUCACUAGAUCCAGGCACAGCCUAUACCAUUAAAAUCAAUGCCUGGGAUGACCGUGGAAUUCCUGGAGAUGACAUCACAUUCACCCAUCUCACGCGCCCUGCAGCACCUUCUGAUAUUCAGAUCACAACUAGCAACGGAGGGUCAGAUGCUAUAUUUUCUGUAAUUGGAGCAGAUGCCACAACCAACUACACAGUUCUUCUUUUUUCUGGAAAUAACAGCAUCAAUUGCUCAACUGCUUUAUCAUCCUGCACGGUUAACUCAUUGCAGUGUGGACUGGAAUAUGAAGUGUAUGUGGAAGCAAUAAAUGAAGCAGGGUCUACCCUAUCUACGAAAUCCUGGAACCUUAAAUCAGUUCCAUGUGCACCCAGUGGCAUAACUGUUGUAAUGGAGGAGGCUGGGAACUUGUCAGUUUCAUGGACCAAUAAGAAUCUCUCUGAAUAUUAUGUGGUGUUUGUGAAAAGUGAUGAUGGACUGGAGGUUCAUUGUAACACAUCCCAGACUCACUGCUACUUUCCAGCUGACUGUGGCUUUGUCUAUUCCAUGAGUGUUUUUGCAUACAACAAGGCAGGACAAAGUCCUCCAGGAGAAAUUUAUACCUACACUACAGCUCCAUGUUGCCCAAGUGAUUUCAGUGCCGAAUUUAUAUCCAGUGAUACGUUAGAGAUUGUGUGGUCCCCUGUCCGUGGUGCUGAACUCUAUGAGACAAAAGCAAAUGAUGGAGAAAAUGUGAUACUUUGUAAUGAUACAGCUACUCUUUGUACACUCUCUGGCCUGCAGUGCAACACAUUGUUUAAUGUCACUGUUUAUUCCCUCAGUGAAUACAGGGGCAGCAACACAUCAUGUGCCUCAAAGUAUAUGAAGACAGCUCCAUGUAGCCCAGAAAUUACGAACAUCACCAAGAUCAAUGAAACAACUUUCAUCGUGCACUGGAAUGCAAAUAACAAUAAUGCUUUAUAUACGGUGACUGCCAAAGGAGAGGCUGGAUUAUGGGGCUGCACAAAUCCCAACACCUACUGCUCGCUGGGGGACCUUCCCUGUGGCUCACUCUUCAUGGUUAGUGUGGUGGCCGAGUCCGUUGAAGGAAUAAGCUUGCCAAGCUACAGCAUACCUUUGGAAACAGCUCCAUGUUGCCCAGCUAAUCUCAGUGUGCUCCAGGUCACACAGUCUGUGACAAACAUCAGCUGGUCUUUGGCUAAAGGAGCACAGACAUAUAAUACAGUUCUGGUGUCCCCUAAAGGAGAGGCAAAGUGCCACACUCUUCAAAAUCACUGUCUGCUUGGAUGUAUCACUUGUGGAACAAGCUACUCUGUGUCAAUACAGGCUAUUAGUGAAACUGGUCUCACAUCAAUAUGCAACUAUCAUGGCUAUUCAUCAAGCGCAUGCUGUCCAUUUGGUGUUAAAUUAUUAUAUAGCUCAUCCAACAAUGGGAUUCGUGUAUCUUGGCGUGCAUCGUCUGGACCAGGCAACUAUAGUGCCAGCUUGCAGGGGUCUAAAGGGAAUUUCACAUGCACUCCUAGCUCCAGUCUUAGUUACUGUGAUGUAACUGAGAUUCCAUGUGGAGAUGUGUACACUGUAGUUGUUUCUCCAGUGAGAACAGGAGAAUUUCAGACCUUAUUCUGUCCUAAGAAAAUGUAUUCUGUUGCAUGCUCAGGAAGUUCCAUUGGAACAGUCAUCUACCGAGGCAAGAGAAGUGUCAGCUAGGGUUACAUUAAACCAACUAACAGAACGUGUUAUAUGAGAUAAAGAUGGAAUUAGUGAUGAAACUGACACAAACCAGCAUUUCAAUCUUUGAAGAAAAAGUGUUAAACUUAAAAUGGGUUUUGGUUUAUGGGAAACAAUAUUAAAUACAUUCCCAUUAUUCCCAUGCAAGCCUCGUAGAUAAUUAACUGAAUAAUAAAAAUACUCAAGAAAUAUGUAUAUUCAGUACUGAUUUACUGAACCAGUCUUCUAAAUUAAUCUAAAUUGUUUCAUUUAACCUCCACUGUGAUCUUUGAAGACCAAAAUGUUGGACACAUUUUAAAAGACCCAUUACUCUUUAUAACUGGAUAAUUUUCUGGGGAAUAGACUUAUUUUUUAGAAGUGCAUCUCUAUACUUUGUUAGCAUGUAUUGAGAAUCUGAAUUAAUUUCAUUUACUGUAUAUACUAUACAGUAUAUACAGUAUAUUGUGUAACUAAGCUCAGUAA